AUGCCUCCUCUGCAGAGUUCUCAAGUUCAAGAUGGCCAACCGACUACGACAACAACAGAAACUGAGACGGAUAAGAAGCUCAAGAAUAAGCCAAAUGGUACGUUUGUUUUGUGCUUUACGUUUGUUGUUCUAGAUUCCAAAUUACGCCAGCAAAAGUUGCCUGCUUGGCAGCCAAUCUUAACUGCCUUCACUGCGAUUCCGACUGUUUUCCUGAUCGGGUUCCUUUUCAUCCCGAUUGGUGUGGUCCUAUUUGUAUAUGCUAACAAAGGUAAGUGGUUUUUUCUUUGCGUUAACGGUUACCUCAUUAUCUUUUUAGUGUACGAGCAAGUGAUCCCCUACGAUAAUUGCGGGCCUGGUCUUUGUGAUGUCCCUUUUCAAAUAGAUGAAAGUCUUAAUGAGAGGGUUUUCUUUUACUAUCAGCUCAAGAAUUAUUUCCAAAAUCAUCGAAGAUAUGUGAAGAGUCGAAGCGAUCGACAGCUGGCUGGAAUUGACCUUGGUGAUGUGGGAGAAUGCUCGCCAUACGACUUCGCCCAAGGAACUAGCACUAAGAUAUUGCCAUGUGGAGCGAUUGCCAAUUCAAUGUUCAAUGGUAAGUGUUUCAUUACGAUAGUUGUUAUUUUGAUUUUAGAUACCUUUCAAAUAUUACGAGAGGAUGGAAUUACUCCAGUUACAUGGACUUAUGAAGGCGUUGUUUGGAGUGUAGAUCAGGAUGUGAAGUUCCGGAAUCCUCCAAACAGUGGGGUUGAGGAUCUCUGCAAUCAGUUUAGGCCCUACUCUCGGCCUCCGAAUUGGAAAACCGACCUUUGUCGAUUGGAUCCAUUGAAUGCUAACAACACUGGACUCCAGAACGUUGAUUUCAUUGUUUGGAUGAGAACGGCUGCUCUUCCGUCUUUUAGAAAGUUGUAUCGGAUAAUGUAUGAUGGAAUUCCUCAGGGCAGAUACAUCUUGAGGAUACAGAAUAGUAAGUUCGAUAUUACUUUAUAAACCUUUCUUAUUUGUGUUUAUCCCAAUUUAAUUUUUAGAUUAUAAUAUCUCGAUGUUCAAUGGGAAGAAAUCCUUUGUCAUAUCGACAACUUCUUGGGCCGGAGGAAAGAAUACUUUUCUGGGGAUCGCUUAUAUUGUAAUUGGCAGUAUUUGUGUCAUUCUCGGAUGUAUUUUCACAUUUAUUCAUCUAAAAUUCGGACAUUCGUAAGUUUUUUUAAUUUUUCUCUCUGAAAGUUUAGCUGGCUUUGUUUUUAAUAAUAUGUUUGAUGACUUCUGUUACUACUUACAAUUAAUUUGUAACCUUUUUAGUUUUGCUGAGAUGGCCGAUGUGACAUCAGGUGUUCGAGCUCAGUGA